ACUUGCGUUGUGCGCUUGUGUCAGUUCUUACAGUCUCGUCAACCUGUGACAAGAAGACAUGGGGAGGCAAAAGGAGUGUCUGGAAAAACUUUCCAGCUUCUUCCAGAUCCGUAACCUGCUGCUUCGUCAAGCCCUGGCAGAGUGUCUCGGCACGCUCAUCCUUGUGAUGUUUGGUUGUGGUGCUGUGGCCCAGAGGGUGUUGAGUGGUGGUUCUCACGGCUUGUUCCUUACUGUCAACUUUGCCUUCGGCUUUGCUGCCAUGUUAGGUAUCUUGGUCUGUGGCCAAAUAUCAGGUGGCCAUCUCAACCCAGCAGUGACUUUUGCUUUGUGUCUGCUUGGAAGAGAGCGCUGGAGAAAGUUCCCCAUGUACUUCCUCUUUCAGACAAUUGGUGCUUUUUUUGGCGCUGCUAUUAUUUUUGGCAUGUACUAUGAUGCCCUGUGGGACCAUCGGAAGUUUAAUGUGACUGGACCUAGAGCCACAGCUGGCAUCUUUGCUACCUACCCUGCAAAGCAUCUCACCCUUGUCAACGGUUUCUUUGAUCAGAUUAUCGGCACAGCAGCACUGAUAGUUUGCAUUCUGGCUAUUGUGGAUCCUUACAACAACCCCAUCCCCCAAGGGCUGGAGGCCUUCACUGUGGGAUUUGUGGUUCUGGUCAUUGGAUUGUCUAUGGGCUUUAAUUCUGGCUAUGCAGUAAAUCCUGCCAGAGACCUUGGACCGCGUCUUUUCACUGCCAUGGCUGGGUGGGGGAGUGCCGUCUUCACGGCUAGAGACUGCUGGUUCUUGAUCCCCAUUUUUGUCCCAUUCCUUGGCGCCACCCUUGGUGUAAUAAUCUACCAGUUGAUGGUUGGUUUCCACACGGAGGGAGAGGCCCGUGACAAGAAAGAGCGGUCAGGCCAGGAGAAUGUCCAACUCACCAAUGUUGCUUCUAAAGACAACUCUAAAGAGGCGUCUAAAGAAAUAUACUGAGUUUUUUAGAAAAAUAUAGCUAUUCACUUAAAAACCUGCACUUGUAAAUAUACAGUAUCACAACAGCAUUUUUACUUCCUACCUAACUAUUUCUCUCAGACUAUUUCUAUCUGUCAGGAUUUCUGCUCAGAUAGCUAUCACACCACUUUCUUUACUGUCACAUGUUACUGUAUUAUAGUUUGAAGAAAUGACGUGUGUGAGUGGAAACACAAAUCAGAAACACAGAAUCACACAUAUAUAUAUAUAUAUAUAUAUAUAU